AUGCCACCUAAACGUAAAGAAACAGGAAAGAAAAUAUUACCACCAGUAACAAGGCCGGAAAUAAGCAAUGCAAGUUUAAACUAUGUUCCAAAUGAAGCCAUAGAAGGGUAUCAAGAAAGAAUAGAAAGUGGCGUGGAUUGGACUCUUGAAGAGGAAGCGGCACGCCAUCACAGGCAAUAUUAUAGCAAGCAUUUAUCGCAAGUGUCUUUUACACAAUCAUUGGAUAAUAAAAUUAGCAAAAGUAUUUUAAAUAGCUUUCUCGAUAAAAAUUGUACUAUCAGUCUUAAAGAUCAAUGGGAAUUGAUAUUACCCAUCACAUUAUGGGAUAAUGAAAAAUUCGCUAAUGAGCAAAGCAGAGUAUGCUUUCGUAAUUUUAACUGUAUUACUGACGACAUUUUAAACAUAAUCAAAAAAGCUGUCCGCCUUGGUGAUCGAAACAUUUUAAAACACGAAUUCAAAAAGGUCACUGUUUUAAGAGUAAACGACUCUAAAAUGACUAAGUUAGACAAAGGUCUAACCGGAUUUCAAAAACUUGUUCGGCUCAAUUUAUGUGGGAACUUCCUAAGUAAAAUCAAUGCUAGCAAUAUACCACGUGGAUUAAGAGUUCUUGAGUUACAAAACAAUUUGAUUAAAACUGUAGACGACAUUGCUACGGAUUUACCUUUUGGUCUACAAUAUUUAGGAUUAGCAAAAAAUAUGUUAGAAGGUAUCAAAGGGUUCAAUAAAUUGCCCAACAAUAUUACUAUUUUGGACUUUUCUGAUAACGACAUCUGUGAUUUAGAGCCGACACUAAAUGCUCUUACAACGUUGCCAAAUCUCAGUUCUCUACAGCUUGCUGGUAAUCCAUGCGCGGUAUGUGCAGCAUACGCUCGAACUACUUUAUCAAAAUUACCAAAACUACAAUGGUUAGACCUGCGUGAGAUUCUGCCUUCAGAUCGGCCUGCUGAAGAAUUCAAUCCUCAUCCUGAUGACUUACGGUCAACAUACUUUAACUUUACUAUUUUCCGAAUCGUGUCUGCUCCUUCGCCCCCAAAAGCGGAUAAGAGUGCUCCUUCAAAGCAAGUAAAGGGUGAUAAGAAGAGUACUCACUCGAUGAAGACUCUUCCAUCAGAACAAAGGGCCACAAUAGCCACUAUAAAGUGUGUGCUGAAGAGACCGGAUUGGAGUCAAACGUUUCAACAAUUCCAUUGGGACGAUUCGCUUGAUAACGACGAAGCAAUACAUUGGGGAGAUGGAGAUCUUUCUACCUUGCAAUAUAGUCAAGCUCCAAUAAAACCAACGAAAGGUAAAGUUGAAUCAGACCUGGGUUCCGCUAGGCAACAACUGCCUGAAAAUCUUACAUGUCAUUUCGGAUUUGGCAUUGAUACUCUACGAUCUUAA